AUGGCGAGAAUCGGCGUCGAUGUCGGGGGGACGUUCACCGAUCUCAUCCUGGAGACGGAUGGCGCCGCGAGCGACGGCGACGACGCCGGCCGGAUCUUCGUGCAUAAGGUGCCGAGUACGCCGGAAGACCAGUCGCGCGGAGUCAUCCAAGGCGUUCUCGAGAUCUGCGUCGAGGCAGGCAUUGCGCCGGGCGACAUCGAGCAAAUCGUGCACGGCACGACCAUCGCGACGAACACGGUGAUCGAGUAUUCCGGCGCCGAGGUCGGAAUGCUCACCACACGAGGCUUUCGUGACAUCCUGCACAUGGCGCGGCACAAGCGGCCCCACAACUUCUCCGUGCAGUUCGACGUGCCCUGGCAGUCGCGCCCGCUGGUCAAGCGCCGAAACCGCAUCCCCAUCACCGAGCGCAUCCUGCCGCCGGAGGGCAGCGUCGAGACCGCGCUCAACGAGGACGAGGUGCGCGCCGCCGCCGAGCUGCUCAAUGCUCGCGACGUUGACGCCAUCAUCGUCUGCUUCCUCUUCGCCUUUCUGAACGAUUCGCACGAGCGGCGCGCCAAGGAGAUCGUCAAGGAGGUGAUUCCCGAUGCCUACGUCAGCUGCUCCUCCGAGGUGGUUGACGUGAUCCGGGAAUACGAGCGCUUCUCGACGGCGGCGAUGAACGCCUUCAUCGGCCCCCGCACGUCCUUCUAUCUCAACAAUCUGGCGACGGCGCUGAAGGAGAAUGGCGUCGAUGCCCAGAUUCGCGUCAUGCAGUCCAACGGUGGCGUGACCACGCUUGCCGGCGCGGCCGAGCGCCCGGUGACGAUCCUGAUGUCCGGGCCCGCUGGCGGCGUCAUCGGUGGCCAGUGGGCGGGGGACAUGUCGGGCGUGCGCAACCUGAUCACGGUCGAUAUCGGCGGCACGUCGGCGGACAUCAGCGUGGUGCCGGACGGCGAGGUCCGCAUCAUGAACCCGCGGGACACGCAGGUCGGCGGCUACCCGGUCUGGCGCCGAUGA